AUGGGUGUGGGAUGUCUUGGUAGUGUAAAGGGUCAAAAAUUGUUAUGGGCAUGGAAGAGGGGUGACAGCGAAAGGUGCCCUAUUGGAAAUAAUCAUUUGAAUUCUAAUAUUAAAACUAAAAUUACUGAACUAAAUACUUACUCUUCUCUAGGCCUCAAGAGAAAGGUUGCAGUGAAAACACUACCAAAUAUUAAAGAAAAUGUUGAAGUCACCAAAGUGAGCUAUUCACGCUACCAAAGUCAUCAAGUGAAUGCCCAAGAAACAACAGACUUGGAAAAAAAAGUGAAAGUAGAAGAAAGCACUGAACUGCUGAAGGAAUCCCUGAUAAUCAACUUUGAAAGUAAAGAAAGUUUGAAAAAUACUGAAGUGACUUCAAGUGCAGGAAUGACUCUUCCCACGGGUGUUUCAACCUUUCUGCUAGAGUGUUUAGAUGUAGGUUCAACUGCAGAUUAUAACACAGGUACUAGUGACAGCCUGAACAGUUGCUCAUCCCCUGAAACAUUCAGAGAUGAUGGUCCAGGAAGAAGUAAUUUUUACGCUGAGGACUCUGUGAUGUGCAAGAACUCUACUCUCCUGGACUCCAGCAAAGCAGUGUCCAUAGAUAAGAUACCACAGAUCUCAAAUCUUUCAGCAAUAUUAGAACCUGCACUGGGGAAUUUACAAGACCAACACAUUCAAAGAAAGAGACCACCAAGUAGCAAUUACAGUUUUUCAGCAUUAAGUGUUUCAACUACUCUGGCAGGAAAAAAAGUCUGUAAAAUUAGAGCUUCAAGAGAGAGAACUCCAGACCCCGAAAGUGGUAUGCGCUGUUCUUCACCGUUAGGACUGGAAAGAAAGGCUGACAAGCGAACUCCUAACCCCAAAAGGCUGAAGCGUAAGAAAAAAGAAAAUAAUACAACUACGUUAGAAGGUGGCACGUCGUCUUCCAGUCAGCAUGGUGCCCCAGGAAGGGCUUCGGCCAAACUGCGGGUGCUGACAGCAAAAGUACUGCUGUCCAGACAGACUGAUACUGUGGUGCAAAUUAGUUCCAUCGUGGAGGAAAAUAAAGCCCAAAGGAAUCCUGGUUAUGCUCGGCCUGCAGAGGUGGAUCCCCUGUGCGACAGACAAGAAAUCUGCUCCAUUGUCAGAACUUCACCACGCCAGAGGCCUUCCAGGCUUCCCAAAAUUCCAGUUAACACAAAAGUGUUCCAGCCUCCCAAAGAAGUGCCUGAAGAUAUUAUUACGAGUACCAAAAAUUGGAUCUACUGUAAACACAGAUGAGAUUUCUGGGUUUCAGCAGGGUCAACAGAAGAAGUAACUGUCUCGCUGCUGUGGCAGGGAGGUGAAACAGAACUACUAACCUGUAAUUAAUGACUGUAUUGUUUUGGCAUAUACACUGUUUGAAAUGUAGUUUAAUGCUUUGCAGUAAGCUUGUAAAUACUUCAUUCACGUAGUUAAUAUUAAAUUAUUUUGUACAAGCAACUAGUUCUUAUUCUAUGCAUUGUUCUGUAAGGAUUCCAUAAAGAUGAUUCUUCAGUUUGUUUAGAGUUUAAAAAAGUGUGACUCAAGAACAGCAGACUAGAUUGCAUUAAUGGGAUUAUUUUGGGAUCUUGUUCUGCCAAGAUUUCUAGAUUUCUCUAGUAGCAUUUGCAUCUAAAGUUGUGACCUCUACUUGAGUAAAGAAGUGUUAACUGUUUACAGAGGUAACUGCACGUCCUGGAAAUGGGUCUGUAAAAUGUUCCUGUACGCUCCGCGACUCCGAAGUCAGUAGCAUGCUACCAUUAAACUCCCUGAAUGCUUAGAUCUGCAGAACUUUGGAGGUGCAGAACUGUGUGUGCUCUGCUGUCAAUUGACUUCUAAACAUGAACAUAGGUUGCCUUCCCCAUCACUGCAGGCGAGCUUUUUGUGAUCAGCACCAUCCCCAUCCUGGCACAUCCACUGCCCAACCGCUGGCAUCUCGGGUGUUUGUAAUAUCACCUAUCUCGUUGUUUCUUCCAGUGCCUUCACACUUCUGCAGAGGAGGUAGGUGCCCUACAUGAAUACAAGGGUGGAAAAGAGGCUUUUAGAGCUCAGCUUUCUCAAGAGCUGGAUAUUGGUGUUCUGGAUUUUGAGGGUACUGCUCAAACUACAUGGCACAUAGGUUAGAUUCCCAGUUCUUCCAGUUCCACUUGUGGAUCGUUAAUCCAUAAAUGUCGUCUUCAGCGGUGUGCUGAAUGCCUCAGGAAACACUGAUGAGCACAUUUUUUCUCCACUUGAAUUCACUGCAGGCUGAAAUAAUUUGGAUCUCUACAGUGUUCUCACUACGACACCCCUUACUCAUUUUGUAGACAUAAAGGAAGUUUUUCAAUGUUUUAAAAUGAUAGUAUGGCUUUCCAAACCUCUUGAAGUCUGAGUUUGUUUCUCAGUGGUUUUACCCAGAAUAUUUAUGCUCUGGAAAAUAGUUCUGUAUUUCCAAAAAGACCGUGUCAAGGAGAUGUAUAAAAUCUGCAACUUUAAUUAGUUUAAAUGCAUUUGAAAAUUACCUGUGGAAGUUCAGACCCUGAGCCUUUUCCCAUUGCUCGGGGGUAGAAGGAAGUGCAAAUAAAUGCUGCUAGAUUAGUCUAUGAACAAGUAUUGUAUAAACAUACUGUAUGGCUCAAGGUUAGAAAUUAUGCCAUUAAGUUAUUUUUCCUUUUAAGCAUGAGUAGAAUGAGUUCUGCCAAUAACUCCUUGGAGUUCUCUCCGGUAUGGUUCUAAUUAUCAAUAUCCUUGUUCUUGCAAAGACUAAGCCACUGGUAAUUAUGCAAGAAUCUAGAGCCCCUGGGAGAUAGAGGUGAACUCCUUUAUGUAGCUUUAAGCAAAAUUGCAAGUUAUGUAUGUAGUCAGUUGUGAUUAAGAUGAUUGUUCAAGUAAAGGAUGGGCCAGAAUAAAAGAAGUGUUUAUCGUAAGAGAGUCCUAGGAAAAAUUUACUUAUUUUGUUCCAAAGCAUUUUGUAGUUCCUGUGAAAGAAACAGACUAACAGUGACAAACUAACUGGAGAAGAAAAUACAGCAUGAAACUCUGGAGAUGGCUGUAGCAGCCUGAAUAUUACUGAGUUCUGCUUUUGUUGAUGUGAUGAGGCUAUAUAGGAGGACAGGAAUAUGAACCCCAAUCUCCUUGUCCUUCCCUUCAGUUACGAAAGUGCUUCUUCUUAUUUUCGUCUUUUGUCUGACUCUUAGAGAAAGUGUAAUUAAUUACUAGGCUAGCUCUCUGCCUCAGGGAAGGAAAUUUUAUUCAUUUUGAGGCCGCAACAAUAUCUACUCUUGUUCUGCUUUUGUCAAAGGGAAGGCAUUUUCCCCUGUUUUGGUUUUAAACUGAAGAAUGACUGCAUAAAGUUUCAUUCAAAGUGGAAACUGGCUCUUCCAUAUCAGUGGGUAAAGGUUAUGGGUCACAGCCAGUGAAUGGGCGGUUCAGAAGAGCUUAUUUGUGCAGUGAUUCAGGAGAGAAAUCUGUUCAGUGUCAACAGGGCUGCUCUGUCACAUCCCAGACAUGAUGAAGUCUUAAUGGCUUGAAUGGAAUCGCUUGCACUGAGUCAGUCCACGCAGGAGCUCUGAUAACACUUGAGCACCAGGAACUGUGCAUGGGUAGCAGAUGUAUGAGACAUAAAUCUAGAAGAGGUUUUUCAUCAAGGCUGUUUUGUUAUUUCUGUUAUCUGAGGUGUACUUCUGGGACUGAAAGCGCAUGGAGACAGUGAAAGAUGUUUUCUUCUUGCACUAGAAGGGGUACGUGGACUUGCUGUUGGAGGGGAACGACCCUACGUGCAUACAGUUCUGGUUUGGUUCGUAAUCUUGAGGUUUGGGGCCCAAGGCAGCGUGUACUGAAGGGACACACCACUAGUUGAAAUUUAUGUUCUUUGUGUAGGUACAAAGAUUUACCUGCAGGGAGAUUUUUUUUACAGGAAAAUGGACAAUUAAACUUACUUAUCCCUCUUUUCCUUACUGUCCUUCCUCCGCUCCCUCGAUUAAGGUAUGUCAGUCAAGCUUAUCGAAAUCACUUGCUAUUAAUUUAGGACUUUUGGAACAGGUUAAUAUUUACUUUUAAAGGGACUCUUGAAUUUUAAAGGGACAGCUUGAAUUGUACCGCACCUGAGAUUAGCUAAACUGUAACUGUGAACCUGCUGAAAGCCGAGUUGUAUAUCCUGGCUGAAAUUCCAUUAUUUCGUAGUGUUGCCUGAGGACUUUUUGUAUUUGAGACUUCAUUUACGUGGCCAUCUUGAAGCUGAGGCUUUCACAUGGUGAAAGGAUGUAAAGAUUGGUGACCUGUAAAUCUGCGGCGGGCAGGUGUAUCUUCCAUACAGAAAAAGGGGAAAAGGGUGCAUCUAACCAUUAAUUUUUUGGUUUCUGUUAUCUUCCAAAUUCUAGUAGAUGAAAAAGUUCCUACAGAUGGCUGAUUGUGAGGAGUCGUAUGGAUACGUUACACAUGCACUAAACUAUGCCUUUUAAAAAGAAUCUGCUUAAUUUAAUCUUACGUCAUAUGCUGUUUAAUUCCAUUUUCUAGAGAAAGUUGAUGAGUCAGUUUUGUCAGUCCUUAAUUAAACUUUCUAGUAGUGUUGUACCCGAACAGUGAGACAUGGCAGGAGGCUGUUAACUGUAUCCAGCGUUUCCAUUUCAUUUAAAUGCUUAUUAAUAAAGAGUUUUGCAGAAAU